UUGGACAGCCGAGUGUGUAGUCUCCCCGGGGACUGCUGCGAGACGAAGAAUCGGAGGAUCGAGGAGGACAGGGGUGAUCCACAGAUUGAAUCACAAUGCCGAAGAAAUCUAAAAAAGCGACCAAAAUGACCGAGGAGGAGCAACUGCUGUACAUGCAGCAGAAAAUGCUGGAGGAGGAAGAGAGGCAAAAAAAGAAAGAGGAUAUGCUGAAUCAAUUCUUAAAGGAUAAACUGUCCAAGGAAGAGCACAACACCUGGCUGAACACGCUGAAGCUAAAUGAGAAGUGGCGCACUGUGAUGCGGGAGGCAAAAGCUGCAGAACUCCGGAAGGACAUUGAGAUCCUGAGCCAAACCUUUGAAAGAAUUGUGGACCGGAAAGAUGGUGUGAUCAGGGCUUUAACAAAAGAUUUAGAAGAGGCAGAGGAACAGUAUGCAACAGCCCUGCGGAACCAUGUUCAGAACGUGGAUAAGCUGGUGGAUCUGCAACGCAGUCGACUCACCAUAAUAGAGAAUGAGUUUGAGGCAGAGUUGGUGUCACUGAAAGAAGAGUUUGAUGCCGAGAGAAAGCAGAUGAUUGUGCAGCAUGAGCAAGAGAUGACCAAUCUGGAGGAUAUCAUGUAUGCUAUGGACCAGAUCUUUGGUGAAGUUGCAAACGAAGCACGACAAGAAUUCAACAGCACAAGGGAUGACCUCAAAAACAAGAGUCUGGAGGAGAAGCAUUCACUCCGAGUUAAUCUGGAGGGAUUAGUGGAAGAUUUGUGGCUGCAGUUUCAACAUGCAUUGAAGAACUAUAUUGACUCAACUGAAGAUCGAAAAAUUGCAUUUGAAACACUGAAAGCACGAGAUGAAAAGAGUGCAAAAGAGAUUGAAAUGCAGAUGAGAAAGCUGCAGAAGAUGCAAGAUACAAUAGCAACACUGAAGGUCAAGAUAGCAGUUAAUUCACGAAAGUGUGAGGCACAGAACAAAAAAUUACGGGACGAAAAGGAAACAAUCAAGCAGCAUUUCCUGAUGCAGAAAAGCCAGAUGAAUUACCUCCGAGCAUGUGAGCACGAGCGACUCGUCAAACUGACCGUGGAGAGUAAUGCUGCCAUCAAAACACUGAAGGAUAUUUGUGAUAAGGGUGAGCACGUACUGAAGAUGGCAGAAAUGUGCAGGAAACUGGAAACAGAAGAAGAGAAAGUUCUCCCAUUCUAUGCCUCCUCUCUGACUCCAGAAGAAGAGAAAAAAGUUGAGCAUUUGAUGAUGGUGAAGCCAUGUGAAGAGCUUGCUGAGGCAAUGAUGGACUAUGUGACUCUGGAACAAUUCUGGAAGCGUUAUAAUAAGGUUCAGUUGGACCAGAUUGUCUUGCAGAAAGAGAAACAUACCUUGCUGCAGGAGAACAGACGUCUCCGGCAACUUCUGAAACAGUACUUAGAUGGAAUCUCUGUCAAUGAGGAAAUCCUAUCAAAUCUGAACCCUCUCAUUGUUAUCAACAACAAAACAAAUGUGAAAAUGAAUAUGCCUGUGACAGAACAUGCAGCCUCAAAGCUGGUUUACAAUGUGACUGAGGCUGCACACAUCAUUAAUCACACAGUCUAAUAAUCACUUAAAUUUAUGUCUCAAUGUCUUCUGUUUGUCUUUUAUCAUAGAAUCAUAGAAUCCCUACAGUGUGGAA